AGUGAAGAAGAUGAAGAGAAACUUAAAUCGUCAACGCUUCAUCCGAGUGAGAGGAAGGAGAACAGAGAAGACUGUGGAGGACCAGAACCAGCCAGGAACUCAGGACCUGAUGGACGUUUACAACCAGGUCCUGAGGACAAGGCUGAAGACUCUUCUGAGACUGAAGUCAGUGAGGAUGAUUGGAUGGAGACCAGGGAAACUCAGACUGGUUUAAAUACAAGAAAUAACAAACAGCCUCUAAGUGAAAUGGGAUGUGAGACAGAAAAAAAAACGUUUAGUUGUUCUGAGUGUGGUAACAGAUUUAGCAAAAGGAGCGAUCUUAACAGACAUACUAGGAGUCAUACAGGAGAGAAACCGUUCAGUUGCUCUGAGUGUGGUAAAAGAUUUAACCAAGGGGGCAAUCUAAAUACACAUAUGAGGCUUCAUACAGGAGAGAAACCGUUUAGUUGCUCUGAGUGUGGUAAAAGAUUUAGCAAAAGGAGCAAUCUAAAUACACAUAUGAGGCUUCAUACAGGAGAGAAACCGUUUAGUUGCUCUGAGUGUGGUAACAGAUUUAGCCGUAAGGACAGUCUAAAUGCACAUAUGACGAUUCAUACAGGAGAGAAACCGUUAAGUUGCUCUGAGUGUGGUAAAAGAUUUAUCCAAAGCGGUACUCUAAAUAUACAUAUGAGGAUUCAUACAGGAGAGAAACCGUUUAGUUGCCCAGAGUGUGGUAAAAGAUUUAUUGAAAGGGCGAAUCUAAAUAUACAUAUGAGGAUUCAUACAGGAGAGAAACCGUUUAGUUGCUCUGAGUGUGGUAAAAGAUUUAGCCGAAGAGGCAGUCUAAAUACACAUAAGAAGACUCAUACAGGAGAGAAACCGUUCAGUUGCUCUGAGUGUGGUAAAAGAUUUAACCAAGGGGGCAAUCUAAAUACACAUAUGAGGCUUCAUACAGGAGAGAAACCGUUUAGUUGCUCUGAGUGUGGUAAAAGAUUUAGCAACAGGAGCAAUCUAAAUACACAUAUGAGGCUUCAUACAGGAGAGAAACCGUUUAGUUGCUCUGAGUGUGGUAACAGAUUUAGCCGUAAGGACAGUCUAAAUGCACAUAUGACGAUUCAUACAGGAGAGAAACCGUUAAGUUGCUCUGAGUGUGGGAAAAGAUUUAUCCAAAGCGGUGCUCUAAAUAUACAUAUGAGGAUUCAUACAGGAGAGAAACCGUUUAGUUGCCCAGAGUGUGGUAAAAGAUUUAUUGAAAGGGCGAAUCUAAAUAUACAUAUGAGGAUUCAUACAGGAGAGAAACCGUUUAGUUGCUCUGAGUGUGGUAAAAGAUUUAGUCGAAGGGGCAGUCUAAAUACACAUAAGAAGACUCAUACAGGAGAGAAACCGUUUAGUUGCUCUGAGUGUGGUAAAAGAUUUAGCAAAAGGAGCGAUCUUAACAGACAUAUGAUGAUUCAUACACAAAAAAAAACGUUUAGUUGUUCUGAGUGUGGUAACAGAUUUAGCAAAAGGAGCGAUCUUAACAGACAUACUAGGAGUCAUACAGGAGAGAAACCGUUCAGUUGCUCUGAGUGUGGUAAAAGAUUUAACCAAGGGGGCAAUCUAAAUACACAUAUGAGGCUUCAUACAGGAGAGAAACCGUUUAGUUGCUCUGAGUGUGGUAAAAGAUUUAGCAAAAGGAGCAAUCUAAAUACACAUAUGAGGCUUCAUACAGGAGAGAAACCGUUUAGUUGCUCUGAGUGUGGUAACAGAUUUAGCCGUAAGGACAGUCUAAAUGCACAUAUGACGAUUCAUACAGGAGAGAAACCGUUAAGUUGCUCUGAGUGUGGUAAAAGAUUUAUCCAAAGCGGUACUCUAAAUAUACAUAUGAGGAUUCAUACAGGAGAGAAACCGUUUAGUUGCCCAGAGUGUGGUAAAAGAUUUAUUGAAAGGGCGAAUCUAAAUAUACAUAUGAGGAUUCAUACAGGAGAGAAACCGUUUAGUUGCUCUGAGUGUGGUAAAAGAUUUAGCCGAAGAGGCAGUCUAAAUACACAUAAGAAGACUCAUACAGGAGAGAAACCGUUUAGUUGCUCUGAGUGUGGUAAAAGAUUUAGCAAAAGGAGCGAUCUUAACAGACAUAUGAUGAUUCAUACACGCAUCUGAACGCAUCUCGACGCCAAAACCACGCAGAGAUAAGAAUCUUUGUCUGAAAAUUCCUUUGUGUAACUCACGUGGCUUACGGCCAUUUUUUACUUCGACCUCAUGUUGUCAUUAACAAAGGCGUCCAUUUUGAGUAACGUGAAUGUACCACCAUCUUGAUUUCGAACAGAUUACGUCACCACGUGACUGCGUCAUUACCUCAUUGCCACUCCCCCUCUCUCUCUCUCUCACACACACACACACACUUAGAGACACUCACA